UCUGGAGUUUCAUUAUAGACUCUACAGACUCAAGACUAUAAAGUAUAAUAAAGACUCGGGGGAGGGCUAUAUUAUAUAUGACUAUAGGAUAGGCCUGAACAAGUGUGCAGUGAAAAUGAAAUUAAAAACGUCAACCAUAAAUAAAUGCGCCCUGUAAUUUGAAGUUUUAUUUUUAUUCGGGUCCAGUUCUAAUGGCGUCUAUAUUUUAAAAGAAACAUAUUUUCUCUCAACCUUUUAAUUCUAUCAUCCUUAUGUUACAGACACAGACCAAAGAAGCAUCCCAAUCAAUUCUGCUCGCGAAGCACGGCAUGGGAAUUUUGACCAAUCAGAAUCUUUCAUUUCUGUAAUCUCUUGAUGAAGGCCGCCAUAUUGCUGAACCCUUCCACCACACCCAAGCCGUCAAUAAAAUAUUGUGGAUUCAAUCAGGGCUGUUUAUGCCCUCAUUGAAGCCCAUCACUUCUGGCAGAAUAGAUGGAAUUAGAAAAUAUAGUUGCUAACACUGUUUACCUGAAGGCACGCGAAGGUGGCGGUGGUAAAAGAAAAGGUAAAAGCAAGAAAUGGAAGCAGAUACUUCGAUUCCCUCACAUUUCCCAUUGUAUGGAUAUAAAAUCCAAAAUUCAAUUAUCAUACAAAUACGUCAUUGCACAGCAACCAAUUGGGCGAGAAUUAUUUCGUGAGUUUUGCAAAACAAAGCCACUAUUGACUAGGAUUAUUGACUUCCUUGAUGCUGUGAAUGAUUAUGACAUCACCCCAGAUGAAAAACGUCUUGCCAAAGCUGAAGAAGUUUAUGAAAAAUAUUUACAUUCAGAGUCGGAACACUAUAUAAGUCAGGUUAAUGGAAACCAAGUAUCAGCUAUAAAAGAAGCAAUGGCUCAAAAGACUUCCAGUAAAGAAUUAUUUUUAACUUGCUCAGAAGUUUUAUCAGAAUACCUCACAACAGAUCCAUUUAAUGAUUUUUUAGAGAGUAUGUAUUUUAAAAGAUAUCUACAGUGGAAAUGGUUAGAAAGUGAACCGGUUACAAAGAAUACAUUUAGAAUGUACAGAGUAUUAGGUAAAGGAGGGUUUGGUGAAGUAUGUGCUUGUCAAGUUCGUGCCACUGGCAAAAUGUAUGCAUGUAAAAAACUGGAGAAGAAACGAAUCAAGAAACGAAAGGGAGAGGCCAUGGCAUUAAAUGAAAAACAAAUUUUACAAAAAGUUAAUUCUAGGUUUGUGGUCAAUUUAGCCUAUGCAUUUGAAACUAAAGAUGCUUUGUGUCUUGUGCUAACAAUUAUGAAUGGGGGAGAUCUCAAGUUCCACAUCCACAACAUGGGUAGUCCGGGAUUUGUUGAAGAAAGGGCUGUGUUCUAUGCAGCUGAGAUAACUUGUGGUUUAGAGAAUUUAAACAGAGAAGGCAUUGUUUACAGAGAUCUAAAGCCAGAAAACAUUCUACUGGAUGACUAUGGUCAUGUACGAAUAUCUGAUUUGGGUUUAGCUGUUGAAAUUCCGAAUGGUGAAACUAUUAGAGGUCGUGUAGGAACGGUUGGCUAUAUGGCUCCGGAAGUAGUAAAGAAAUUAUUGUAUAUUUGUUACAGCUCCAGAAGUAUUAAAGAAAUUAUUGUAUUUGUUUAUUACAGCUCCGGAAGUAGUAAAGAAUGA